AUGGCCGCACAUAUAGAAAUGGUUACAGCUAAAGCGCAGAAGGCUUCUGUGGCACUUAGCAGGCUUAUGCCUAACAAAGGUGGCCCACGAUCCAGUGUAAGGAAAGUGCUUGGCUCGGUGGCGCACUCAGUGAUGCUGUAUGCAGCACCCAUAUGGCAGAGAGCUAUGGACCAUAACCAAAGUAGAAAGAAGCAGGAGCAGACACAACGGAGAGUAGCACUCCGGGUGUCCAGUGCAUACCGGACUGUUUCUACGGAAGAAGCUCUCGUGAUAUCUGGAACAGUACCCAUCAAACUCCAGGUAGAAAAAAGAAUAGCGAAGCGGACAGGAGUUCUGCAGGAAGAAGAGCAUUACACUUGA